AUGAAGAAGGUUUGGACCUACAUGGAAGAGAACGUCCACUAUAACUUUGUCAAGAUGUUGAGUUACAGCAUAUCGGAGACACCAUGGUACAGUAUGGAGCCUGUAAUGUCUGGUUUGACACUGGAGAAACUCUAUUUAGCUAGUAAGGCAAAGCAACAACCUCUCUCCGAGGAGCUGGCGUUCCACAUGGUUGACCAAGUCACUAACGCAUGCCUUUUCCUUCAUAAGAAGUGCUGUAUUGUACAUGCAGAUGUUAAUCGCGAGAAUUUCAUGCUUCGCUAUCCAGGUAGACAGACGCCAUUGAUGCCUGACGUAGUUUUGAUUGAUUGGUCAUUAUGGGAAGAAGCCAACCCAGAGCGUAUCGUCAAAGACACAGAAAGCGUAUACAAAUCCCUGUAUCCAGUCCUCUUUGAAGGAGGAUGGGGAUGUGGGGCGGAUCACGAACAACAGGGGUGCGCGAUUCACAACAUCACACACAGCGCAGAAUGGUUUCAUCUGUACAGAACUAUAAGUGCCAAGCAAGUUCCACUACUGGAUCUUCAAAAUAUGGUUGCUGGCGCAGCAAAACAAAGUCGACAAGUAACCAACGCAGACAACGAAAGAGCCAAUGCAAUCAAAGAUCUACUGGCUGUGGCACAAAACCCAUUCACUGAAGCACAUCUUAAGGCAGUUAUGAAUGACAAUUGA